AUGCCAGCUACACAGCCUAUAUAUAAGCGCGGCCGUCUCCCCUGCCGAUUCAUCCAUCCAUUCAUUCUCCUACCGAACUCUCAGCCUCUCACACAACUACAACGCCGCAAAAGAGCAUCAAUCAAAAUCCAGCAGAUCAUCAAGAGGAGCAGCAAAUCCAUCUCCAUGGGAGCAGGGAUGAAGCGCGCGAGGGAGGAGGAGCCAACCGUCUCGCUGGCGCUGUCCCUCAGCACAGACUCCUCGGCGUCGACCACGACGUCGGACGACUCGGGCACCGGUGCGCCUACGCCGGCGGCGCCCGGGAAGAGGACAAGGCGGAGGAGAGUAGUGGCGACGUCAGGGGAAGGGGACUUCGUCUGCAAGACUUGCGGCCGGGCCUUCGAGACGUUCCAGGCGCUGGGCGGCCACCGGACCAGCCACCUCCGCGGCCGCCACGGGCUGGAGCUCAGCGUCGGCGUUGCCAGGGCCAUCAAGGAGCGGCAAAGGCGCGAGGACAGGCAGCAGCACGACUGCCACAUCUGCGGGCUGGGCUUCGAGACGGGCCAGGCGCUCGGCGGCCACAUGCGUCGGCACCGCGAGGAGAUGGCGCUCGACCGGUGGGUCGCGCUGUCGGAUCAGGAGGCGGGGCACCAGGCCGCCGCCGACCGGCUGCCUGUCUUGCUCGAGCUGUUCGUCUAG